CGACAAGUUGGUGCCAAUUCCCGCGAAAAAAACCCAACGACUCCUACCUCUCAUCGGUCCUUUCUCCGAUCCUUCAAUCGAUUCCAAUUCCGUCGUCUCGAAGAUAGAACAAGCUUAGGAUCGCCAAUUUCAAUGGCGGCCAUGGCAUUUGCGAUGGCCGGAAUGAUGAACGGAGAGAGAGCUGUGGUGUUGCUGUUCAUUUCUCGCGUCCUCUUCUCUCUCACCAUCUCUCUCCUCGCCCUCUCCCUCGACAUCCUCACUGAUUCUUCCACCUCCCUCUCCCAAUUUAGCACCAGGCCUGGUGCUUCGUCGGGUAUACUGUUAGGGGCUGUCGCGUUGCCCACUGUUUUCAUAUCCAAAACGAUACAGCUUUCGCUGGCGGUUUCGUUGCACCAAGUUUCUAUUGAAGGUACUUUGUGUAGUUUUCAAUUCACCGUUAUCCGUCGCUCCUAAUCUUAAUUAGCAUCAAAUUAGUAAAUGUAUCAUCUUGAGUUCCAUCACUGUACAGAUUAGCUGGAAAAGUUCAAACCUUUACGGUUAUGUUUGAGUAAUAGACAUGAACUUUUCGUUACUGGUGGGAUCCCUUGUGGAGUCCACGAUUGAAUGUGACUGGAUUCUGUUGAUCAUGUGAACAUGCUCUGGUUUUAAAUUCUGUGGGCUAUUCAACCUUGUGCCAUUUGGGAUUUUGGAAGCCUGUGCUAUUUAUCGGACAACUGGGUUUAAUAAGAUAAUGUUGUUACAUUAGGUCUGACACAGUGUCAUGGUAAAUUCUUAGUUUACCUCAGAUACUAUAGAUAAGGCAAUAGGCGAUAUUUGACUAGAUUUG